AUGGGGAAGAUCAGGAUCAACCAGAUGCUGGUUCCCUGCACGGCCUGGAUACUCGCAAUACCCAGAAUAGCAAUUUCGGAGGAGGUAUCAAAACCUAGGCCGAAGACUACUCCGAGCGGAUACAUCUUCCACGGUCGGUCAAUCGCCUUGAACAGCUUCCCCAGCAUCCGGGUGAAGCAGCCUCCUCCCUCAAGAGACAUGGCAGCUGUGGCAGCGUUUGGGUCCUCGUACUGGUCACCAUACAUGGCACGCUGGGAGAGAGCCACCCGCAGACGCUUGAUCAAGGGCGCCACUGGUGGCAGCAACAACGAUACAAGUGAUGAUGACGAUUGUGCUGUGGCCCAGACUGAAGAAGGUGCCGACAGUUGCCGGUCUCUGUCCACUGGCGAUCAGCCUUCUCGUGGUGAGAUCGAUGGCCGCGAUGUGGUCAGCGUCAAGCGCAUGCCGUAG